AAACAGAAACAGGGUUAAAAUAAAGAGGGAGGGAAGGGAAGCGCGAGAGAGCAGAUCAGAGGUGGACGCAUCCCCAGGAUAUUGGCGCAAUAUUCAAGACAUUAGCGUUCUUUUUCUGCCCCCGUCCCUCGGACACAGGCAUUGAGGGACAGGAAGCUAAAGGAACCCAUGGCUUUUCCUUCCUUUCUCUUCCUCCUCAUCCUCCUUCCCCUUUUCUUCUCCAAUAUCCCUUUCUCACUCUCACAGUCCCAACUUUCGCCUGACUAUUACAGGCAAUCUUGCCCUAACUUGGACAACAUCAUUCGAGAUGUCGUCACCACCAAACAGAUCAGCAACCCCACCACUGCCGCUGGCACCCUCCGCCUCUUCUUCCAUGACUGCAUGAUAGGAGGCUGUGACGCUUCCGUACUCAUCUCCAGCAAUUCCUUCAACAAGGCCGAACGUGACGCCGACAUCAACCUCUCUCUUCCCGGCGAUGCUUUCGACGUAAUUGUACGUGCCAAGACUGCCGUUGAGCUUUCCUGCCCCGGCGUUGUCUCUUGCUCCGACAUCCUCGCCUUGGCCACACGUAACGCCAUUACCAUGGUUGGGGGACCCUUCUACACCGUUAACCUUGGCCGUAAGGACAGCCUGGUGUCCACUCAGUCCAGCGUAGAAGGGCACAUGCCACUGGCUAACAUGACCAUGGAUGAGAUCAUCAAAAAGUUUGAACCCAAGAACUUCACCGUUCAAGAAUUGGUCGCCCUCACCGGUGCCCACACCCUCGGAUUCGCUCACUGCAAGGAGUUCGCUUACAGGCUCUUCAGGUAUAGCAAAACUGUCCCCACCGAUCCUGCUUAUAAUCCCAAGUAUGCCGAGGCUCUAAAGAAACUCUGUCACAACUAUGAGAAGGAUCCUGCAAUGUCAGCUUUCAAUGAUGUAAUGACUCCAUCCAAGUUUGACAAUCUUUAUUACCAGAACUUGGAGAAGGGAAUGGGACUGUUGGAAUCUGACAAUGCGCUGUUCCAGAACCCCAAAACCAGGCCUUUCGUGCAAUUGUAUGCUAAAAACCAGACUGCUUUUUUCAAUGAUUUCGCUCGAGCAAUUGAGAAGCUUAGCCUUAAUGGGGUUAAGACUGGGAAUCAAGGAGAAGUCAGGCGGAAAUGCGAUGCUUUUAACUCUAUUCACAUUUGAACACUUCUUUUCUGGCGGUGGCCAUAGAUAAUGUGAGCAAUAUAUCAUACUAAAGUCAUCGAUCAAGAGACUGUAUUCUCUUACUAUUACAUUUGCAAUUUUCUUUUCAUCCAAACCAGGAGCGAAGUGGAGAAACAAAUUUUGGUAUCGAAAUUAAAUUUUAUACUUUUAUAAUUUUAAAAAAUUAAAUUAAAUUAUUAUUAUUUUAUAAAUUAUAAAAUGAAUACUAAACCAAAUGAUUUUUAUAUGGAAUGGAUGGUUUUCGAUGUUUCAAAUGAUGAUGGCAUCCGUUUCUGAUUCUCUGCACCAACAUCGUUAUGUAUGUAAGUAUGUAUAAGAAUUUGUAAUUUAUACCUAUCUAUCGUUAUAUCAUUUAUUUUCAGCUCCUAAUUUUGGAGCUACCAUUAAUAGGUAUUAUUUUCAAAAUAUUCUAAAUUUUA